UGUGACUCCACCUCCUCCAUCACAACACACUCCCGGCAGGCCUACAUCAUCCCUUGCAUAGGGCGUCAGACGCAGCUUGAGGGAGGGGGGAUGGGCCAGAUGCACCUCGCUGGGCCAUGGACGAGCUCAACUCGAUCUCCGGCGCCGAAGCAGCAGGGAUCGCGCCGAUCGAAGUUCGCCGUCAACAAGUCGACCCAUCUCUUUUCCAGAAUCUGAUCGCCCCCUUCUCUCAACGAGGCGAUCCUCUUCGGGUCUGCGAUGUGCAACCGAUUCCCGCCACUAUUGCAAGUUUUCUUUUUCGUUCCCUUCCCCCUGGAAUCUGCAAUUGUGCUGCUGGCUCGUGUCCUCCGAACGGGCAGCCGCCGCUGGGUGGCCCCUACUACUGUACAGGAUGUAUGCACAUAGGGGAUUGCGUCCUUUUGGCACAAUCCGUUUGUUUCUUGUUGUUUCGCCACGUCUCAUCCUCUCACACACAUUUCUCUCUCAGAUCAUCUUUUGGACCGUGUGUUUCGGCCACCUACGUAUUCCCAGAAGACUUGGGUGCAGUCGUAAUGUUCGGGAGGUUCCUAAGUAUAACCAUUGCAGCAGCCACUAUGCAAUAAGUCCCAGCUCUGCUAUGGCCACUUCGCGUUACCUACUCAGGUACUACUGGCUUGUCUGCCUACUUACCUAUUCCUCCGUCCCGCGCGACGGGACCCAGAAUCCCGGAAGUAAAAAAGAAAAAAGAAAUAAAGUAA